UGUAUUUGUAUGGAUUAUCUUUCAUGAACCUAUAUAUGUUGUUGUAUGCCAUUGAAUUGAUUCCAACUCAUAGCUACCCUAUAGAGCAGAGUAGAACAGCCCCUUAGGGUUUCCUAGGCUGUAAUCUUUAUAGGAGCAGAUUGCCAGAUCUUUUCUCCUAUGGAGUGGCUGGUGGAUUCGAACCACAGACCUUUUGGUUAGCAGCCAAGCACUUAACCAUUGCACUACCAGGCCUUCUUUGAAAUAUAUGAAUUCUAAAAAUGAAUUGAUGUAAUUCCUGUAAGGACAACAUUAAUAUAUUGGCUGUUUCCAGGUGACCUUAAAUAUCUAUUGAAAUGAACCAGUAGUUUCUGAGACUGAAAGAAAAUCAUUUGCUGAGAUGUCAUUUGGGGAGUCUCCCGGGAAAACCCUGGAAAUGGAGAGCUUCCACACAAGAUUCAGUGCCUGGACACCUUUUAGCAACAAGUCAUUAAAUAGACAGCUCUUUCAGGAAAGAGUUGCCCUUAUAAGUCAUUGGUUUGACCUCUGGACUAACAAGCAACGCCGAGAAUUCUUAUUCACGAUUUUUUUACGAUGCACUAAGUCACAAUUAAGGUUUGUCCAAGACUGUUUUUCACAAAGGAUGCAAGUGGCCAAAGUGGAUUUCUCUACAGUGUUACCGCGCUUCAUUUCUCUCUAUAUUUUUUCCUUUCUGAAUCCGAAAGAUUUGUGUGCAGCUGCACAAGUCAGCUGGUCCUGGAAGUUUUUAACUGAACAGGAUUGCUUAUGGAGGCCCAAAUGCAUUAAGUUUGGGUGGUUUCUACCCUAUACUCCCACAGAUAAUGAGUAUGGUGCUUGGAAGCACCAUUACAUUGCUUGUGUGUCCAACUUAGACUGGCUAACGCCUAGGGAAUCCACUGCUGUCUAUGGAACCCUGAAUGAACCCAAAGUAGGAGAUGAGGAGCUACAGGAGAGACAAAGAGAAAAGUGUCUAAGAAAACUAAUUUGGGAGAAAAUUGGACUACGCAAAAAGGAGUUAUUCAAAGCUCGACCCCCUUGGGUGAGUGGAACAUGCUGCUCUAGAUUGUUAAAAUCCAAAUGCCAACCACGUCUCUCCCAGACUGUGAGAGAUCGAGUGGGAUUACACGAAGCUUUGGAGAAACAGCUUGUUUUGGCAUCCUUGGAAGCUUUGCCCAAGCGAAGCAACGUUUCUGGAAGCCAUUCCUACCCUUCAUUAUCAAAGAAAAAUUGGCGUGGAGUUUUUAAAAAUUAUGACUGCUCUUCAAAUGCUUUCCAGCUACACUGCAUAUUAAUUUCAUCUCGGAUUCCUGCUUAUGAGAUGGUUGUGGACAGCGUUAAGGUGGAUGUCAUUUCCGUGGUCUAUGAACACUGUGGCAUAACGUUGGAGGGCCUGCUUUCUCUCAUAGAAAAAGCUCUGGAUGGGCGGAAGGCACAGAGCAUGGGAAUAUUUAGUGAUGGAGAUAGCAGAGAAAUCAACUUACUGCAAGGCUAUAAAAUUGGUAUUAAAAAUUUACUGCGACCUGAAGUGAGAGACUUCUGGGAAAAAUUAGGAAGCUAUGUGGCCACCGAAGAAGAAGGGGGUCAUGUGGACCUCUUUGUACCUCUUGCAGCUUCAGAAGCAGGAGUAGAAGUUCUUUCUCAGCUGUCUCAACUAACUGGCACGUUGUUUACUGCCCCUACGGGGAUUGCAACUGGCUCCUACCAACACAUUCUUAGUGAUUGGCUGGGACAACAGUGGGAAAAGGCUCCUCCUUCCAUCUACUUCAUUGAAUCCAAGCUGCAGACCUGGUCCAGCCUCAUGGACUUCCUGGAAGACACCUUGAAAUCAGUAAGGAGACAGUUCAGUCCUUUCUCUAAGGAGUUGAAGAAGAACAUCAGCGGAAGGGUAAUAGGGCAGCUUAUGUUUGACAUGAUGAGUACGAUCAACAUCUUGAAUAGCCAAGAAAUUGCACAAGCUCUGGCAGAUGGAUUGAUGGAGCUGUCAAAAGAAAAUUCUGAAGGAAAUGAUGUAGAAGAUAAUUCUAAGGACACAAAGUCAAGUCUCAGAAAAAACGAUCUUAAUUUUGAGGUGCUAGUCAAGCUGGAGAGAAAGCUCCAGAUGGACUCAGCAGAAAAGCGAACCAGAGUUGUCAGGGAGCUCUUACUGAGUGAGAGGAAAUAUGUGCAGAUGCUGGAAAUUGUGAGAGAUGUUUAUGUAACUCCAAUGAAAGCAGCAUUGUCAUCAAACAGAGCAAUUCUGAGUGCUGCAAAUAUCCAGAUCAUUUUCUCUGAUAUUCUGCGGAUUUUAAGUCUCAACAGGCAGUUUCUAGAUAACCUGAGAGACAGACUACAGGAAUGGGGCCCAGCUCACUGUGUGGGGGAAAUAUUUCUAAAGUUUGGAAGCCAGUUGAACACAUACACCAAUUUCUUCAACAACUACCCUGUUGUUCUGAAAACUAUUGAGAAGUGCCGAGAAAUGAUACCAGCAUUCCGAGCUUUCCUGAAGAGGCAUGAUAAGACCAUUAUUACCAAAAUGCUGAGCCUGCCUGAGCUGCUUUUGUACCCCUCCCGAAGGUUUGAAGAAUAUAUUCAUCUUCUCUAUGCUCUGAGGCUUCAUACUCCUGCAGAACACAUUGACCGUGAGGAUCUGACCACUGCAAUUGACCAAAUCAAACAAUAUAAAGGCUAUAUAGAUCAGGUGAAGCAAAACAUCAAUCAGAAAGACCAGCUGUCAGACAUACAGAGAACCAUCUGGGGGUGCCCUACUCUGUCGGAAGUAAACAGAUAUCUGAUUAGGGUUCAAGAUGUAGCUCAACUUCACUGCUCUGAUGAGGAAAUAAUUUUCUCUUUAAGGCGCUACGAACACAUCCACGAUCUCAGCCUUUUCCUCUUCAACGACGCACUGCUGGUUUCCAGUCGGGGCACGUCUCAUACUCCAUUUGAAAGGACAUCAAAAACAACCUACCGGUUCAUUGCAUCAGUGGCCCUGCAUAGGUUGCUUGUAGGAGAUAUUCCAGAUUCCAAAUAUACCAAGAACGCAUUUAUUCUGCAAGGUCCAAAACACGGAUGGAUUUGUGCUACAGAAGCUGAGGAGGAUAAAUUCCUAUGGCUGUCAGUACUCCAAAACGCAAUCAAAAGUAGUGUGGAGAAGUGAGACUGGAGUUAAAGGAAACGUCAGGGUAACAAAUCCCCCUGGCAAAGACAGACAACAUGUUCUUUCUGUUCUGGAAAAUCCAGUCAAAGGCAGAACGAGUAUUUGUCAUCGACGACAGGAGGGUGAACUAGGAUGCUCGAUUUAGUCCUCUCCAACUUUUAAUCAUCCUAUGCUCAGUUAUGUGGACUGCACAAGAAGAACACUUUGAGUCCAAAAAUUUGAAUCACUUUCCUUGGCAGUUAUUUUUCCUGGACAAUAUUAUUUAGAGUCAUUGGACUGACUAAUCCUAAGACACAGCAAGCAUAUUGUGUUUAUAGUUUUGCUUUAUGAUUAGUGAAAAAUAAAAUCAGAAGGAAAGUUGUUUCUUAAAUGACCAGUCUAGAGAAAUAUUUUAAUUUUUUGGUGAUUAUCUUUUUCAUUAAACAAUUACUGACUUAAAAAAUAUUUUUAAGAAAUAUAAAUGGCAGUUUAUUUACUCAAAACCUUACCAUACAUAGCCUUAGGAUGAAUGUACUCUUUUAGAGAACAUUAAAAAAAUACCGCCAUGCACAAAGUACUCAAAAGUUUUCCGUAACUUUAAAACGCUUUUUGUUGGGAAACUGAAUUCUUAGACCUUCCAAAUAAGCUUUAAAAAUAUCUGUGACAUUAUUAAAUUAGAAUUGGAUAAAAAAGAAAAAGGAAAUCCAGCAAAACUUGAUUGUAAUGGAAAUCAAUGAAAUAAAAAUGAAAAAAUUAAAAGACAGUUCUGUUUUAAAAGAGAGGACACAGUAAGACAGUGUUAAGUAGUUUUCUGAGUUUUUAAAGCCUUCAUUUGAUUAUUUUAACAAAUUGAAGUCAUAACCUGUUGACCACUUGAAACUGUAGCUGCUGCAUGUGGCAGUAAUAUCCUUACCUAGUCAACGCUCGAUGAAAGCAAAAUUCAUCUUGGAAGCUUUAGGAUCUCAGUUUCCUUUCUGCUCCAUGUUCUUGUUUAAGGUAAUAGAAAGUACUGGUCCAAUCUAGGCUACUUAAACAUUUUCUUCUUCCAACAAUGAAACACAAAUUCCUUCGAAAUUUUAAAAAUUUAAACCCUUGUUAAAAAAUGUUCAAAAUUUAAAAUAUUGUGCUGUUUCAUUAGUGUAAAAAUCACAUAACUGCUAGUUCUGAUUCUGUUAAGAUAUAUUCUGCAGUUUAACAUCUACAUCCCACAGAGUAAGCCACUGAACGGAAUAUUUACUGUUAGUCAAGCAAUGAAUGCAAAUUUACAUAUGUGAUCAAAAGGUAUAUAUGGUGUAACACACAACAGAUCCUAAGGCUGUGUAUCACCCUGAAUAGGACACGCUCCAGGAGCUCUUUGUCAACAGGAAACAGCUGACUAUAUGGCAAAGGAAUGGUGACUAGGCAGCUGAGGGCGAACUAGAAAUCUUGAGGAAUUUCCAUUUGUUUGGUAAAUAAUUAAUGUCCUUGUAAGUUUAAAAUAUAUUACUUGCAAAUAAUCUCUGUAAAGACUGAGGGGCAUAAACUUUAAAUAAAGAUAAGUGUAUAAAUCAUGCAAA